UGGAAAAUGUUACAGAAGAUUAUGAUUUGUAUCUCACACAAGACUGAUCGACUCGUGUUGAUACAAGUUUUGUUAUCGGUCAGAUAAAUAAAUGCGUGGAAGGGGGAUCUGUGAAAGUGUAACGGAGCACGUAAACACUUCUUAUUAGUUGUAAGUGGAACGUGCUGAGAGAUACUUUGAGUGAGUUUAGAACCCGCUGGCAAAGUCUUUAAUUAUGUUACGUUUAGAUAGUCUUUAUAAUCAUGCGAGCUAUGUACGUCACCUAUUUAAUUAUUAAUUGAUAGAAUCGCUCGUUUACAUCGACGUCCAUGUUGCAUUUUGACUCAUUCUUGAGAGGCUAACGACACGGUUAAAAUGUUUUUUAAUUAUUCCGUCGCCCGCUGACUGGUUGCACUUCGUGACGAUAAACAUUAUUAACGCGCGCGGCACUCGUCGCGACAACGUUAUUAGAACGAGCGGGCUCGCGUAAAAAAAAUCCUCAUAAUUCUCGACUUUCCGGCUUUAAGCGCGCGCUCUCGCAGUGCCGGUGUCCUUAAUUGCUACCGUGUUUUAUUACAGCGAUAUUAUUUUCCCUUUCGCUAUGGCCGACCCAGAUCCCUGUACGAAGUCGGGGAAACUCGUGGAGAAGUGCGAAUGCAAACAUUGCUACUUCAUAAAGUGGAUAUUGAUACCGGAGAUGGUCCAUGAUCGUUAUUUCUGUGAGCCUGGGUCCAGGGAGUUCGUCGAGCUCGAUUCCGUCGAUGUGGAACACCUAGACCGGAAGAUCAGUCGCGAGAAUAUACUGCAUCGGGUGAUGGCACGCGUAAAGUUUUCCGGAGUAACAUGUAGCUUUCCUCUUAUUAUCAAAUUGCUUAAACAUAUGGAAACUACGCCGUCCGGUCCAUUCUUGAACGAGGAGAUGUUUUACAGCAAGAUGACGCUUAACUAUGGAACAGACGGCACCUCGAAGUGUUACGUGUCCGAUCUAGGUCGAUUCGAUGAUCAGGCUGUUAUCGUAUUGGAAGAUCUGGCCGCGAGUGGUUACACACAAGUAGAUGAAAAAUUAGAUGAGGAUCAUCUGAAAUUGUGCUUGAAAGCUUUGGCGACGUUUCACGGCAAGGGACUGAAACUGAAGGCAUAUAAGUUUCCUAUUUUCAGGGAGUUCUAUGCGAAACUAUCUGAACCGAUUGACUGGUUGCACCUCAAUACAAAUUCUGGCAGUGACAGAACAUCUGAAUUUAUGGUUGAAUCAACAUUGGAUAAUCCUGAAUGUUUGGACACUUCAUUAUAUUCCGCAUUGCCAGUUGAGGCAAGUCUCUCCGAGAAAAUAAGAGCAAAGCACAGCAUAACGACCAAACUCGAGUUUAACGAUUUUUGGACCAUCUGCCAUGGUAAUUUCACGCGGAAUAACUUGUUGUUCAGGUACGAGAAUGGGUGUCCGAGUGACGUAAAAGUGAUUGAUUGGAGCACAAUGAGGUACUGUUCACCAUCGAUCGAUUUCGGCCACAUUCUCCUCGAAAAUCUGCCUGACGACUGUAAUAAUCUGGUGAAGGUUAAGGCAUUUUGCCAGAAUAUGUUGGAGAUUUAUUUAGACGCCGUGAAAGAUGCGUAUCUAGAAGUGGAUCGCGAACUCUUGGAACGAGACAUUAUCGCCAAGUUGCCGUUUGCGUAUGGCAUGAUUGAAAAUCGGAUGCUCAGAAAAACAGGGAUGAUGUUGCGUGCGCUCGAUCAGUUAGGCAGUUUUGAUUAAAAUCACUAUCGUCGUUUGAUUACAGUUAUUUAAUCCUUUAUAGAGUCUUUACGAUAUUUGUUCCAUAUUAAAUUUCUCACCAUUUUACUGUGCAUAUUCGUGAUAGCAGUAUACACGAAUAGAAUAUAUCAAAAUGAAUGUUACAGAUUUAAGUUCGAAGAUUUACUUUUAUCAUUAUACUUUUGAGGAGCAGACUUUUAAAAUACGUUUUGUUCGAAAUUUGUAAUCUUCAUAAAAUGAAAAAGAAAGAAACUGCGCACACAAGAAAAUUACGCACUUUACAGAAAAUAACAAUAUACCAAUCAGUAGAAUGUGAAAUAUUAAACAAAAUUACUAAACAAUUGCUAAAAAUGUUCAACAAAUGCAUUUUGUUUGUUUCCAGUUAAAAAACACAAUGUCUAUGUUUUUUCAGCAUAUAAAUUAAUGAUAAGAAAAUGCUUUCUGAACAUCUUAGAGUAGAUUAUAAUAUGAGUUUUUCAACAUUGAAUAUUACGCCUCUAACUAAAAAAAUUGAAAUUUUAGACAAAUGCAUUUUACGAUAUAUAGCAGGCCUGUUCAAUUUGAGCUUCGGAGCCAAAACGCAAAGCCAUCGACGCAAAAAAAUUCAAUGUGAAUAUGAUUUCGAGGACUGAAAAGUGUUGAUGCACAUCUAGUGACGCUUAUCAAAACUUUAUAAAUUAUAUAUUUCUAAAAUCUUAUUCACAUUGAAUUUUGUACGUCAAUGAUUUUGCGUUUUGGCUCCAGAAGUUCAAAUUGGACAGGCCUGAUAUAUACUAUCAGUGUCCGGUGAUGAAAUGCGGUAUAGCAUGUUGCUUGGAAAGUCUACUCCUCUUUUACUUUAUAAACAAUAUGAUUAAUGUGAUUAAUUUGAUUUUAGAUUUUCAUUUCACGGAGAAUAAUGAAGAUGAUGAAUUUUCGAGAUUUUCAAAUAUGAAUAAAUUAUUUUGUAACAUGCGUCUU